UCUCUAUCUCCCCCCCCUUUUUCUUCUUCUCACUAGGGUUUCGAAAGAUCUGAAUGGGUUUUAAUUUCUGAAGAUGUCAACAGUAGAGAUAUUAUUCGGCAAGUUCUUCGAGAGAAAGAAUUCGGUAAUUGAACAGCUCAAUCAACAGAAAGAUUUGUAUGAUCAGUAUUUGGCUUCAACAUGUUUGAUUAAUGGAAUUCGACCUCCUUCUUGGCUUUUGAAAGAUGGAUUUGAGACUGGUAGUUCCGAAAUCAAAGAGUUGAAGAAUGAAGACUUGAUUUCAGGACUUCUAUUCCCACCUUCCAGAGCCAAUUAUCCGUCUUCCAUUGGAAGUAAAACCUUCUAUAGCCGGUCAAUUUUUGCUGCAAAUACUGUAAAGCAGCUUUCAGGCGAUUUUUUUUCAGAAACUUGUGCUUCCAACAAAUAUUAUAGUGUAGGUGAGAGAUCAGCAGAUAUACCCAACUGCCCGUUGGAUGGUAAGAAUAUAGAGCUGGAAAGUACAUUAAACACGGUUCCUGAGCUGGAUAAUACCAUCUUUUCUCCCCAAAAUCAAACAGAUUUGACCAAUCACUUUGAUGUCACAACCGUGGGAGAGAGAUCAACUGUUGAUCCGAAGUGCAGUCUGAAUGGAAGCAGUCUCAAGUCAGAAUGUACAUUUAACACAAUUACACAUCAGGGUGGAACUACUGGCACUCCUCAAUGCCAGACGGAUUUGAAGGUGUCCGAGUCCAGCUUUGAAUUACCUCAAUCAUUGGCAAGGAUCCAAAGGUCCAGAUCAAGGCAAAGAGCUCUAGAACUUCGUAAUAGUGCAAGUGGAAAAUCAAGAAAGCGUGCUAUACAAGAAAGUAAUGUGGCUGCUGGUAGGAGUACAAGGUCAAGAACAUCUUGCGAACAGCCUCCUCCUGCUAAAGAGCUGCUAGAAACAGAUGCCAGAAUCUCUAGUAUUCCUUAUCAGGUUCUCGGUAGUAUAGCUACAUCAGCCACCCAAAGUGAAGGCAUUGAUCUUCAUAAUGUUUUAGAUGCUGAAGGGACCAUGGAAGGGUCUAGCCCGGUGCAAAAAGAUCCGGAGCUUUGUAACUCUGCGGCGGAAAAUACUGAGAACAAUCUAUCCAAGGAAAAUGCAACAACCUAUGAGGAUAAUAUAAGAUCCCAAACUACUGUGCCGCAGAUUAAUUCUGCUGAACUGGGUUUAGCUAGACAUAAUAACUCGGAUAAGCUAACUGGCAGAAUUACGUGCUCCAGAUCUUCUUCAAUUAAUAGAUCUCCCCAGCAUCUGAAUCCAUUGGAUUUGGUCGAAAGACAUGACCUUCCAAAGGCAUCAGACCUUCAGGUAUUGAAUCAUGAGGAAAUUUCUGCUGCUGGAAUUGCACUAAAUAAGCAUGUAAAUGUGUCAGUUGACUGCAAUUCUACUUGUACUGUAACUAAGCAGGAAGGUGUUAGCAUGGGAGCUAGUUUGGAGUUUUUGAUUUCUAGGUCUCGAUCUGAUGAGAUUAACUUUGUUGAGCCAAAGCAACUUAUUUUUGAUGAUGUUGAAGAUUCCAGGUUGGGUGAAACUUUUGGGCCUUCUUUCGGACGGGAAACAUUGCAGGCAUCUGACCCUCAAGUAUUGAUUCAUGAGGAAAUUUCUGCUGCUAGGAUUUCAGAAGCUAAGCAUGUUGCAGAUAUGCCAGUUGACCGCAAGUAUAUUUGUUCAGUUCAGGAAGAUGUUAGUGUGGGAGGUAGUUUGGAGUUCUCAGUUUCAAGGCCUCAAUCAGAUGAUAUGAAAUUUUUUGAGCCAAAGCAACUUGUAUUUGGCGAUGCUGAAGAUUUGGAGCAUGUUGAGACUGUUGGGCCUUCUCCAGGGAGGGAAAUAUUGAACCAGUCACCAGAGGUGGGAUCAACUCCUUUAGGAUUGAAGGGAUCAGUUGAUGAAUUACCUAUAUCUAGUGUUUUCCAUGCGAAAGGUGUUCUUUCUAGUGAUGGGUCAUUGCUGAAGAAGGAUCACGGAAUGGAAAUGGUGAUCGAGAGUGAAACUAUGACGGGUUCUCUUCCUCAUGUGGAAGAAAGGUUUGAAAAUGCUGGGAGAAAACAGUCCCUUGAAUCUGUUGCAGACGCUUCGAAGUUAUGCUCUCCUUUAUUACAGGCCGAACGAGCUGAGGGUUACGAAGGCUUUGUAACCGAUAGAUCUCCAGAGAGAAACGAAAAGAAUAUAAACAUGUCCAGUGAUAUCCGCGAAAAAUGUAACUCCAUUCCUGAUGAUGCAAUGCUGAAGAUGGAUCAAAAUAUGGAAGUUGUAGGUGCAGAAAACAAUUUAAAGGCUAAAUCUGGAACCCCAACUGAGGUAGAAAGGUCUGAACUUGUUGGGGCAGAGAAAGCUGAGUUUGAUUUGCACCCUAUAUCACCUAUCAGUAAAACAUCAAGCAUUUCUGCUUUGUUUCCUAGGCAGUCACUUCGCCAAACUUCAGAUUUCGAUGUUGAUAGAUCUUCGGAAGGAAGCAAAAUGUCGUCGAACAAGGUGCAGGUAACUGGUCAUGAAUUUUUACAGGAACCAUCCGCCACAUCUAUGGACCGUCUUGAAAGAGAUGGAGAAAAUGCCUCUAUAAGGUUGUCUAAUGCCUUUUAUGAAGAUGAGAGGCCCGAGUUACUCGAUACUGAAGAAACAAGAGACCGUACUUCAUCAGCAAUGUGUACUGGUGCAGUUUCAGAUAUUUCUUCUCUUGCAUUAAGGAAAGAGUCACCUGAUAUUGAUCGGCAUGUAGUAGCUGAUAGAUCUUCAGAAUGUGACGAUAGAAAACGAGCAUCAGAUUCAUCGUUUUGUCUAAAGGAUUUACAGUAUGGUAGAAUUUCAUUUGGAUGCAAACUGGAAGGAGCACUAGACAUUGAUUUGCCCGACGUUGGGGUUGAUUCAAACAAAGAUACUUCUGGUAAGAAUUUGACAAGGGAGUUUGAUUUGGAAUCAUUGCCUGAAGAUUCUAGAAUUGAUAGAGAUGCAGGUAGCAAGUCAAGUUCUAGGCAGUCAGUUAAACAAGAUAUUUCUCUAGUACAUGAUGCAAGUCAAGUUCCCCACCUAUUCCCUUCCGCCAUCCAUGAAGAAGAUGCUGGUUGUAGUAAAUCAAAUGAUUCUUCAAAAGAAGAAAAUUCUGUUCUAUCGGCAAUGACUAGUUAUAAUGGGUGGGAAAACUCAUGGCCUCAGUGUAAGCGAAGGAAGAUUGAAGGCCAAUCUGAUAAGGGGUUUACUACUUGCCCAAGGAUCUGGAGUGCUAAACCUAACCAUCACGAAGACAUUGUUUGCCUAAACUUAAAUAGUGCCGAAACUGGUUCGGGGACUGAUCUGGAGUUUCAGCAAUUUCCCGUGUCUGGUGUUGUGGAAUCGAGCAUCAUCGAGAGUGCUGUCGGAGAGAUGUCCAAUGGUGCAAAGCACCUCGUAAUGGAGGGUGUUCAAUGCUCACCUCAGAUCCAUGCAGAGGAGGCUGAAGUUGAUGAGGGGUUUGUCCUUGGAGAUGCAAACAUUCCUCUGGGUUUCAUACCAAUGCUAUUAGAGUCUUCUCUUGGCUCUAGUGGCAUUAAGGUAGAGGAUACAGGCAUUCACUUGAAUGAAGUUGAAGAGCAGUAUCCGUUUAGCGUUGCCAUGAGUGUGGAUAGGCAGUGUCUUCCUCAAUACGAGCAGAAGUUUUUCUGUUUUGAAAGUGAAAAAACUCCACGAAGCAUGGGGGAAGCGUGUUCUACUGAACAAGAUAUCAAAUCUAAUCUUGAAGAGCAAUUAUUAUCAAAUUAUGAUAAUCUUGAUCUUGUUGGUGCUGAUCAAAGCAUGCCUGAGUUUGAGAAGUUCACAGAUCUUCCGGACACAAUAAUUGAAGGAAUGAGCAUUCUGGAGGAGCUGUGUCCGUCUUCUGGCAUGGGUACCCCAUAUUCUCUUCCUUCAAAGUCUAAAUUUCAAAUGGACUUGAGCACCUGGUCGGGUUAUAAUCCAUUGGAACCAGGAAGGUCUUAUUCUGAUUUCAUGCCAUCCUCAAGUGAUCAGUCCGAGUGUGAUGCUUGGAGUCCUUACACACCUCAAGUUGGGAAGGCUACUCAUACUAUUCUCUCAUCAUCUGGUGGUCAACGUUCUAAGAAGCAACGAAGCACAAACUCAGAGUUAACUCCGAUUCAUGAAGAUAGUAGUAGUGGUGGUGAAGAGAACCGAAACCUAUGCAAGGUAAUUUAUCAAGUCCAGGAAAAAAGCAGUGCAAUAGAAAUGAAGAGCUCAACAUAUAAAGGACCCCUUGUAGACAUAAGUAACAUUAACCCUCUUGACUUUGUCUCUGGAAAUGAGAAGAUCUUUGAGAGAGGACGCCUAAUAGAUUCUUUGGAGGAAGAUGCGAACCUGCAUGGGUCUGAGAUUGGUCCUUCGAAGAUGUCUAAAGAUGACUUUGGCACUGAGAGGAAGUACAAGAACAAGGAUAAAGAGAACAAAAGUUCUUCUUUAUGUGGCUAUGGCACUGAGAUGAAGUACAUGAACAAGGAUAGAGAGAGCAAAAGUUCUUCUACAUUUGGAACCGGUACACGUAAGUCCACUAGAUGUCUUCAGAAUACGGUUAGUAAGCCAAAUUUACAGAGGAAAGCAACUGCGGAGAAACGUAAUCAUACUACUGUAGACAAGGCCCAUAAAGGAUCUAAUAUUGCGACUGAUGUUAAAUCCCUCUUUGAAUACCUUCCAACUGCAGUGCCUCCAGCAAAGAGAAAGGAGCCUAAAGUGAAAGCCCUAGAUCUCGCUAAGGAAACAAAAAAACAGGAAGAGGAAAAGAAGAAACAGCGAGAGAUGAUGAAAGAAAAACGGGAGCGUGAGCGAGAACGGCAGAAGGAAGAAAAAGCUAGGGAAGAGGAAUUGAUGCAGAGACAAAAAGAAGAAAAAGAGCACCAGCGAGAAAGACUGAAGGAAGAAAAAGCGAGGCAACAGGAAUUGAUUCAGAAACGAAAAGAAGUGGAGGCAAAGAGAAAAGAAGCUGAAAUGCAGGAGAGGAAAAGGCUUAGAGAAGAUGAAAAGAAGGAGAAGGACAGAAAAAAGUUGUGCAGGGAGCCACAGAAGAAAUUACAUGCCGGGAAAGAAGAGAAAGAACUGAAAUACAGAGCUGCCGAUGACAAAGCAUCAAAGAAAAAAGGGUUUCAAGAUGAGGAAAUGAAGGAUCAGAACCCAGAAAAGGUGAAGGGAAGAGAGGAGUGUGCAAAAGGGAGGCAGACUCAAACAAAGAAAGCCAGUGGUGUUCAUGAACAUUCUGUGGCUUUGGAAGAGUCUCACAGUAAUGAGAAUGCGGUUAAUUGUUUCGGUCAAGUAAAUGAAGUUGGUUCAUUGGCUACUGGCGGAACUCUGGAGCAGUCAUAUGACAUAUCUCCAUACCAGAGCUCGGAUGGAGAAGAGGACGAUGAUCUUCCUUCUAGGAAGGUUAUUCCUUCUUGGUCCAGGCAGUAUUGUCCGGCUCCACACUCUUGCUCCCAACAACCAAAAGACAUUUUCAAGCUAUCAAGCUUUUGCAAUAUAAAUCAAGUUCUUAAAUCUCGAAAGAGCUUCAAGUAAUUACGAGUUUGGCUUGGGAACUUCGGUUUCCUGCAUGUUAGUUCUCUAAAUAACAUUCCACUGGAUAGUUUCGUGUAUAAAUAGAGGUAAAAAGUCUCCCGAAAUGAGCCCUUAUGGCGCAAAAGAGUGAGAUGACGACACUUGGAGCUUGACUGAGAUUAUUGAAUGGGGAAGAAGUGAUCCUUUUCCCCCUACCCAUCUGUUUGUAGGUCACUGACAUAUACAUGUGAUUUAAUGUAAAUAUCCAAAUUUUCUUCCAAGUAUGUUGCCCUACUCCUCUACAAACAAAAGGAGGGUAGUUUUUAUCUAUCGAAUGGAAUGAAUUUUUUUUUUGCA